CGAAUUUGCAGAGACUCGACUGGCGACUGCGGAGCUGCUUCAGUGAAGUCGGGACCGGCGAGAGGGAGAGAGAGAAAAAUCGCCUUUCGUAGAAGAUGGCGGCGUAGCGCAUACAACAACACUAAACGUCUGCAAGUAUCUAUGCAGUGGAUGUUGAAACGCCGUAGGCUCCACUGCAACCAUGCCGGAGUCCUCCUCGGAUGUCAAGGACGUUUGCAGCAGCUUUGGCAAAUGUCAAACACGGCCCUUAACAGGCCACUUGGACCAGUCACCGCUGCCUCUGCACAGGAAGUCCUACAUGCUCACUAACUUCUGCACUGAGCACAACGUGCCAGAAUGUGUAACACAUAUCAAUCAGGAGGUUUUCUCACUGGGUCUCCCACCGGUUUGGACGCAAACGGAUGGCCGCUCGGACGUGAACGUCGUCUCAGUGCUCAACUCCAUGUACGAGCUGCUUCAGCUGCACCGUCGGGGCACCCAAACCUUGGAGAACAUGGAGAUGGAGCAGCUGAAGUGGAGCAACAAUGUCGACACUCUGCAGCUCACCUGCACGCGACUUAAGGAGCAGCUAGAAAUUUCCAAAAGAGAGAACAUAGGACUUGUUGAGCGGGAACGACAGCUUCAGCUGAAAGUGAAGACCUUGCAGAACUGCCUGAAAAACGAAAAGGAAGAGAAUCACAAGCUGCAGAACAUCGUCUCUAGCCGGGCCAGCCAGUACAAUCACGAGAUGAAAAGGAAAGAGCGAGAGUUUAACAAACUGAAAGAGAGACUGAAUCAGCUCCUGGUUGACAAAAAGGAGAAGAGACUUGCUAUUGACGUAUCAAACAAACUAGGACGAGCAGACGGCAAGAGAAGCCUCUGGAAGACUGAGAAGACAGAAGCAAAGCACGAGGGGGAGAUGUACAAAAGUCUGCUAAGGGACUACGAGAGCAGGCAGAGGGAGCUACUGUUGGAAAAUGCUGAGUUGAGAAAGGUUCUGAAGCAAAUGAAAAAAGACAUAGUGGGCAUUCUCAGUUCCAAGAAGUCAACUGUCAAAGGAGACAAACAGCACAAUGGUGCCAUAGAAGUGGACUCUGAUGAGGAGGAAGAUGAAGUGAUUUAUUCCUGUCAGGAGAGCGCAGAUCUGUUUAGUGUUCACACUCGGGAGAAGCUAACCAACAGUGUUCGACGUCAGUGGAGAAGACUAAAGAACCACGUUGAGAGACUGGACAACCGAGAUGACAUUGAAGAUGCUGAUACAGUUCCCCGAGAAACUUCAAAGGAAAUGGGCAAACUGAGGCUCGAGAUAAAGCAGUGUAAAGACUUCAUUCAGAAACAGCAACAUCUCCUGCAGCAGAAGCUGAGCGCUCAGUGUGAGGAGGAGACGUCCGACAUGCUGGACGACUGCCACAUGUUGCAAGAGAAGGAUCGUCUCCUAGACGAGUGGAAGAACCUCGAGGACCAGAGGAAGAGCUUUGAGAGGGAGAGGAAGAACUUCACAGAGGCAGCCAUUCGACUGAGCCAAGAGAGGAAGACCUUUGAGGAAGAUCACGCCAUGUGGCUCAAACACCAGUUUUUGAACUUGAGCCCUUUUGCUGACUCCAAGAAACCACAGAGGUCAAAGUCUCAGUGUUCCUUUCAGAUAUUAGCUGAAACAGAGCCCACUCGAGCAUCGCUUCCAGAAAAGCCCAUCACCUCCCCCACCCCUGGACGCACACCAAGCAUGUCAUCCUCCACCUCCGACCUGCUUAACACAUUAUAUGAAAACAGCUCAACCAGACCAAAGAGGAAUGAAGAUGCGGGAGACGCCAGCUUCUUGGCAGCGCAGCGGAAAUGGUGGAUCAGCGGUGACAACCACAGCAGCCUGAUGCUCACACGGGAGGAUCAUGGCUCAAUAUGAACAGUUUAUCAAUCAGGACCAAUGUGAAUGCAUUUGAAUGAUGUUAACAGUCUCUAAGCAUUAGUGUACGCCAGAUUAGUUAGACUUCAGGAUUUUGGGUGACCCACGACACGAGUGAGGAUAAGUGGUAAAGAAGAUUGAUAGCUUUUGGGGGAAUUUUCUAUGACCUUAUGAGCUGUGGCUGUUUUGUUUUCAUUCAAAUGUUUUUAUAUGUAGAUUUAUGGAGAAAUUAAUUUAUCUUGUACUGUGGUGUUUAGGUAUCACAUGGAGGCUCUCACUCCCAAGGAGGUGUACAGUACAUCAUGUAGUUUAUCAAUGAGGCUCAUCGUUUACAGGUGUCAUUUAAACAAGAGGGUCUAAGACUAUCAAGUGAAUGCUGAUGUUGCAAGAAGUAAAUUGUUUCCUGUUGUAUUUAGUCCAAUUAAGGAUUACACACUAUACUUGUGGAUAUGAAUGUCAACUUAUUUUUUUGGAUGGAAUGAGACUAGUUUUCACACUAGAAAUGUGAAUUGUUCAAUUCUAAUGCAAUAAAUUUUUUGAAACAC